AUGGGCCAGGACGGGCCGUGGCUCAACCUGUCCGGCAGCUCCUGUGCGGCGGGCGGGCCCUUCGCCGCGGGCACGGCCGCGCUGCUGGCCGCGCUCAUGGGGCUGCUGGUGCUGGCCACGGUGCUGGGCAAUGCCCUGGUCAUCCUGGCCUUCGUGGUGGACCGGAGCCUCCGCACGCACGGAAACUUCUUCUUCCUCAACCUGGCCGUGGCCGACCUGCUGGUGGGCGGCUUCUGCAUCCCCCUCUACAUCCCCUACGUGCUGACGGGCGAGUGGAGGCUCGGCCGGGGCUUGUGCAAGCUGUGGCUGGUGGUGGACUACCUGGUGUGCACCGCCUCCGUCUUCAACAUCGUCCUGAUCAGCUUCGACAGGUUCAUCUGUGUCACCAGAGCGGUCAGUUACAGGGCUCAGAAAGGGAUGACCAGAAAUGCAGUACUGAAGAUGAUGGCUGUAUGGAUUGCUGCUUUUCUUCUCUAUGGUCCAGCCAUUCUCAGUUGGGAGCACAUUGCCCAAAAGAGCAUCCUCCCUGAAGGAGAGUGUCAUGCAGAAUUUUUCUACAACUGGUAUUUCCUGAUGAUUGCCUCUACCUUUGAAUUCUUUACACCUUUUAUCACUGUUACAUACUUUAACUUAAGUAUUUACCUCAACAUCAGGAAACGUACAUCCCUCAGAAACAAAAGCCUCUCACCUGGUCAAGAGAACUGUGAAAUGAGCUUCCAGGGGAAGAAAAGGGAACACGCUGUAUUUUUUGUGAAGCCAGCUAACAGAGACAAACACGAGAAGGCAGCAAGCAGCCUUCCUCCCCCAAGAAAGACUUCAAGGCUUCAAGCCUCAGCUGAGCGUGGGAGUUGCUCAUUAAAUCUGAAAGUCAGUCCCGACCUUCCACCCCUGCAGGUGGAUGUGAAGAUGAAGCCUCUUGGGAAUGGUUUCUACAAAGCCACAGAAAGCAGCUGCAACGCCCCCAAAGUGGACUUUGCCAACACUGUGGCAAAUAGAUUGAGACUUUCCCGGGACAAAAGAGUAGCAAAGUCUCUGGCAAUUAUUGUCUGUGUGUUUGGUUUGUGCUGGGCUCCCUACACACUCCUGAUGAUCAUCAGAGCAGCCUGCCAUGGGCACUGUGUGCACUAUUCCCUCUAUGAGAUUUCAUUCUGGCUCCUGUGGGUGAAUUCAGCCAUUAACCCUGUUCUAUACCCACUGUGUCACAUGAGCUUUAGGAAAGCCUUUAUAAAACUCCUGUGUCCAGGAAAGGCCAAAAUUCACCCUCAUAUUUUUAUGUGA